GUUCUGUUUCUCUCAGAUCAUCACCCUCAACUCAGCAGCCUCAGCAGCCUCAUCCACUCAACUCAGAACCCCUCGAGCUCUAAGCUUUCAGCUUCUCUUGAAACUCGAACAACUUGACUAUCCAAAAUCAAGUCUCACGACCAAAAUAAGACCAACAAAACAACCCAUCCUCACAUCAAUAUCAAUAUCAACCCCCAACCCUCAAAAUGAAAGCCCAAUUCAUCACCGCCACCGCUGCCUUUUUCGCAGCCUCAGUCGCCGCCUUCCCCACACCUCAACCCGAGACCACCAACAACCACGGCCUAAUCCCCGACUUUGACGACUGGAACUCGGACGCAGACGCCGUCAGCAUCGAGGUCCUCACGGCCCGCGGCCCGCGCGUGAUUUCGACGGCGGCCGCCAACUUCAACUUCACCGACGACUUCAACUUCCCGCUCGACCACCUCUUUGCCGAGAUCGAGGCCAUCCCCGACGAGGUGCUCGCCCAGGGCGAUGAGGCGCUGCACAAGUGGCUUGUUGAGCACGGCGAUCGUGCCGGGGAUGAUGUGGAGAAGUUGAAAAGGGAUGAUGGUGGGUAUGAUGUCGAAGAGGAGGAUUGGAACGAUGCUGGUUCGAUUGGGGAUGUUGCUGGUGAAGGGAACGAGGCUGCUACGGUUGUUGAGCGCAGUGAUGAUGAGGAGGUUGUCGACACGGACGACUUCGGCGGCGAGGAAGGGAAUGAUGCUGCUGUUGUUGUUGAGCGCAGUGAUGAGGAUGUGGUUGAGGGGGGUGAUGCUGACUCCGAUGGUCUUGAUAUUCUUGCUCGUGGGGAGAUUGCCGCGCGUGCCUCGCUCUGGAAGAUCACCAAGUGUGUCGCGGCCAUUGUUCAGCUGCUCGCGACCACGGCGGUCCCUGCUGCCAAGCUCCUUCGCAUCAAGCAGUACAUCAAGGCUCUUGGUGGAACACGGCAGGCGGUCAAGCUCCUGCUGGGUGCUACCACCAGAGCCGAGAAGCUCAAGGCUGGCGGUGAGAUUCUGGUCAACUUGUCGGCUGAGCUGCUUGGGAUUAGCACCGUCAAGACGCAGUGCUUCUAAGCGGACCCGGGCAGGAUGGGUUGGAAGUGAUUGUACAACUUGGUGGCAAUGCGGAUUUGGGAAAGGUUGCGAAGAUUCUCUGAGAUCCAAUGUUGAUGUUUCUUGCUUCUUUGUAUAUACAUACUUGUUUGUUUGCUUUUGUCUCAA